CCAAAGUUCAAAAACAAACUCUCUCUAUCCUGUUUCUUCAAAGAAAACCCUCUAUCUACCACUUUUCUCUACCUUCUUCUUUUAUCCAUCUUCUCCAACUUUGGUUAGAUCUAGAAAUAUAACUAGAGAUUAGGUUGAUAUUACCAUGAUGUCUACAACCAAUAUUGCUAACCACCACAGUUUGUUUGAUGAAGAACAUCAAGAUCAUGAGAUCCCUAUGCAGAUGGGAUUCAAUAUUCCUUUCCCUCCAAACAUGACUUUACCUCCUUUAGGUAAUUGCCAUGAUCAAUCUUUGAAAGGUAUCAGUGCAAUAAUAACUCCUGAAGCUACAACGUUUGCUGAAACAUUACUAGCAACACCUGUUCAAAAACAAAGAGAAUUUGAAGAUCUUGCUUCGGGUUUUGGUGGUGGAGUAGGCCAAAACCUUGACUUAAACAGAUCCAGAAUGAAUUCAUGGGUAUGGGGAGAAGUAAGUGAUUGCUGGAUGGGUAAAAGAAAUAAUGGAGGAGAUGAUCAUAAUCAUAUAGGGGUUUCAGCAGCUAUAAAGAUGAAGAAAAUGAAAGGAAGAAGGAAGGUGAGGGAACCUAGGUUUUGCUUCAAAACAAUGAGUGAUGUAGAUGUGUUGGAUGAUGGAUACAAAUGGAGGAAGUACGGACAGAAAGUGGUCAAGAACACUCAGCAUCCCAGAAGCUACUACCGUUGCACACAAGACACAUGUCGAGUAAAGAAACGUGUAGAGCGACUAGCUGAAGAUCCAAGAAUGGUGAUAACCACAUAUGAAGGAAGACAUGCUCACUCUCCAUCAAACGAACUUGAAGAAUCACAAACUCAAUCUGAACUUGCUAAUUUCUUCUGGUAGCUACCUAACUAGCUCUACUAAACAACAACAUAGUGUGUUUGUAUGUUCUUAGAAUAUAUGUGUCUUGAACUCUUGACUUUUUAUGGUGUUUUAUAAGAACUCAAUGCAAAUUAUUUGUAAGUUGCAAACCGGUGUUGAUUUGUAAAUUUUCACCCAUGAAUGAGCAGUAUCAAUAUUUGAAUCGAUAAUGACAACUAGUGCUUAUCACAAGGGAGCUAUAGAACAUAGACACAUCUCCAGACUGUCUUGUUAUGUUUAUUUUUGAAGGAAUUGUCUUGUCAUGUGUUAGACAAUGCAUGCGUCUUAAACAACAAUACCUAAUGGACACGUAUGAUAUCUUGUGUUUUAAGAAUAAUAUAU